AUGAUUUCAAGCACUCAGACGAUUAUAAGCCUUGCGGCGUUCCUCGUGCCAGCGCUGGCGCAGGUAAACUGCACUCUCAAACCAGACUAUCCAGCACCAGUCACAUCGAAUGGAUGGAGUGCGCAGCUUGUAUACAAAGAACUCGAUGCUCCGCGCUCGAUCGUAUUUGAUUCAGCGGGGAAUAUGUUGGUAGCAGACCGUAGCGAGGGGAUUGUACGAUUAGCAUUUGAAGAUGGAGGAGGAACUUGUCUGUCUGUGUUGAACUCGACAAAAGUUAUCGACAAUCCCAAUUUGAAUCACGGCUUAGCUCUCUCAGCAGACAGUCGAACCAUCUACGCAUCCACCAGUAGCUCAGUCUUCUCCUGGUCGUACGACCCCACCACCGGAACCGUCACCGGCGCAAACACAACCCUCAUCACGGGCAUGCAAAAUGGCGAACACGUCACUCGAACGCUCAUGAUGUCCCAGUCUCAGCCAGGCAUGCUCGUCGUAUCGCGUGGCAGCGGCGAUAACCUCGAUUUCAGCGCCGCAUCUACAAGUUCGGGUCGUGCUCAGAUCCGCGCUUUCGACGUCACGAAUAUCACUGAGCCCUUGGAUUAUUCUACCUCUGGCGUUCGUCUUGGGUAUGGUCUACGCAACUCGGUCGGUGUAGCAGAAGACCCAUCUACUGGUGGAAUCUACAGUGUUGAGAACUCCGCUGAUGAAGUCGAGCGUAAUGGCGUUGACAUCCACGUUAACAACCCUGGCGAGGAACUUAAUUUCCACGGCUACCUGAAUGAUACCACUGAGCGUGGGAACUACGGGUACCCUAACUGUUUUGCUCUCUGGAAUACGAGUAUACCCGAUCUAGGGGACCUGAAGGUUGGAGAUCAAUUUGCGUUGAACCAGAGCACGAACUUGAAUGAUCAGUAUUGUGAGACUCAGACGACAGCGCCGAGAUUGACGUUCCAGGCGCAUACCGCGCCAUUGGAUAUUCUCUUCCAGCCAAACGGCUCAGAAGCAUACGUCUCAUUCCACGGCUCUUGGAACAGAGACUCCCCCAUCGGCUACUCCAUAACCUCCCUCCCCUUCGCCGGCGGCAACCCCACCCUCCCCUCCGACUCAACCAACACCUCCAACAUCAUCAUCCAAAACCCAGAUAACAAAGUAUGUCCAGACAGCUGUUUCCGUCCUGUAGGCCUCGCGCUAGAUGGCAAGGGACGUCUGUGGUUCAGCAGCGAUAGCACGGGUGAGGUGUGGGUUAUGGAGAGGACGGGUGUGAGUACUGGGACUGUGGGAGGGAGUGGAACAGGAGGGAGUGCGACGAGUGCGGGGGCUCCGGCCGCGAGUGAGACGAAGGCUGGUGCUGGGAGAGUGAGUCCUGGGUUUGUUAGUGUUUUGGUGGUUGGUGUUGCUAUCGCUUUCGCUUUGGUAUAA